UGUGACUGUUUACAGCUGGGACUAUCUGUUUAUGUCAAGCUGACUGGCAGCGGAGUGGCUGUUUCUCCUCGCCUCUCGCGGAUUCUCUCUCCUCUCCGGCCGAGCUCGCAUCGUCUAUGAAUCAAUCACCUGUGCGAAACCCGUUUUGACUAAACAUUCACAUAUUUGAGGCGGACUGUAGAAUACACUCCCGUGUUGGAGCGAGAGAGACCAGGCAAAGGGAAGUCUAUCCAACAUACUCGUUUCCAAAUGGACGGGAUGAAACCAGAAACAACGGCUGAGGAGAAUCAGGACGAAAGGGAAGAAAGCAAAGGCUGCUUCGAGUGUUGCAUCAAGUGUCUGGGCGGCGUCCCUUACGCCUCUUUGGUGGCCACCAUCUUGUGCUUUUCGGGUGUUGCUCUGUUCUGCGGCUGUGGGCAUGUGGCACUUACAGGCACUGUGACCAUGGUGGAAAACCACUUCUCUCGCGUCACCUCCGACCAUGCUACCCUCACUGAUGUGGUUCAGAUUUUGCAGUACAUCAUCUACGGAAUCGCCUGUUUCUUCUUCCUGUAUGGCAUCAUCCUGUUGGCUGAAGGCUUCUACACCACCAGUGCUGUCAAAGAGAUGCACAGCGAGUUCAAGACCACUGUGUGCGGACGCUGCAUCAGUGCCAUGUUUGUGUUCCUCACCUACAUUCUGGGCUUGGGAUGGCUGGGCAUCUUUGGCUUCUCUGCGGUGCCCGUUUUCCUGUUUUAUAACAUGUGGACCACAUGUGGAGCCAUGAAGUCCCCUAUUGCCAAUCUCACAUCUGUGGACAACAUCUGUGUCGAUGUGCGGCAGUAUGGAAUCAUCCCAUGGAACGCUACUCCUGGUAAAGCCUGUGGCUCCACGCUAAGCGACAUCUGCAAUACCAGUGAGUUCUAUCUGUCCUACCAUCUUUAUAUCGUUGCCUGUGCUGGAGCUGGAGCCACUGUGAUCGCACUGAUCCACUACCUGAUGAUCCUGGCAGCAAACUGGGCUUAUCUCAAGGGACUGUGUCAGCAGACUCAUGCCUACCAGGACAUCAAAACCAGAGAUGAUCAAGAGCUGCAGGACGUGCAGUCACGCUCCAAGGAGGGUCUGAACUCCUACUCAUAAACAGUUCUCCCAACCUCUAUCUAACCUGCUCUAGACCACACCAAAACACACACACACACACACACACACACACACACCUACCACCCUCACGCGAAACACUGUACGCAAACUAACACUGCUAAGCGCUGCGCUAUCCUGACUAUACAUCAUAAGAGCGGUAUAAGUCGGUUAUAAUCAUGAUGAAACGUGUCAGGCAGGUUUUGAACAUCUGUAUCAAAUGCUGAGCGGAAUCAUGCAGUUAAUGGCGAUGUGGUGUGUUUCGCUCAUCUCCUUCAUGGUGCAAAAGAACACCGGUAGAAAAGCGUAUGUAUUCUAGUAUCGUACUGUCAUUUUGCAAGUAUUUUGAGAGUCAUGGUUAUAACUGGGUUAUGUUUGGUUUUAUGAUGCAUCGUCUCGGUGAAGCGCUGCUUACUCUGCACUAACUCCUCACAGACAUUUUGCAGGAACUUCCUUUUUUGGUGUUUUAUACAUAUAUAAAUAUAUAUAAAUAUAUAUAUAUAUAAACGUAUGAAAAGUGAACGAAUGUUGUUGUUUUUUUUUAAUUCUGGGUGCAUUGAAGAUGUCUGUUUAUUUAGGAUCUUUCUCUGGGGUCUUUAUGGCUAUCUUAGAUUUCUGAAUUCUCCUUUUCCCAGCUCUUCUUACUUUAUUUUUCGGAGGGUGUGGGGGACGAUACCGGUUCUUGACAAAUUGCACUAAUCUUGAAAUAAAAAGCAGGUAUAUUAACACAAACUAGCGCGCACACGCACACACACACACACACACGCACACAAAAACAAAUUCUCUUAAAAGGACGUUUCCUUAAAGCUGUCAAUCUUGAGUAUCGUUAUCAAGCAUUCAACCUUUAAAAUGAUAAUGAACUAAUGCUAAAUUACGUACCAAUAACGGAAACGGUCCUCAUCAGCUAUACAGGUUGAAUACUUUCCUUCAGUUUUAUUAAUAAAUCUUGGUAUUUUUCAGUCUUCUAGAAUUUGUUCUUAUGGCAAGAUUGUUGUUUACCAUGAGUUUAAUGACAUGAUUGUGACUCCUCAGUGUGAGUUAUUGCUAUGUGGACGUGAAACUCUGAAAAUGGUUUGAAUUUACAGUCAAAUAAUGCAGCCUUGUUUUUGCAGUGUAUCUUUUUCCUAAUUGGUCUCUCUCUCUCUCUCUCUCUCUCUCUUUCUAUUACUACUUUUACAAUAUGACUCUCUUUUUAUUGAUCUGUAUUUUAACUCAAAUUAUUCUUCUCUGUAAUGUCUCUGUAAAUAUAAGCAUGUUAGUAUCGUCCACAUAUACAAUUGUUUAAUACCAAUUAUAUGCCGUUUCUUGCUGUACGUUCAAUUCUGUUAAAGGGAGCUUAAAGGGAUGAUGAUCUAUUUACCCUGUUUUUGAAAAAGAAGAUGUGUGCCUGGAUGUUCUAUUGUUCCCUGAUUAUUGCAUGAAGGAGAGAUGUUUCAUUUCGUUUUAAAGUACUAUAAGUGAUGUGUAGUACAUUGUUCUGAUGAACUACAACUGAGUGUCCCACCAGAAACAAACCACUGUAUGUUAUUGGAAAUUGUAGUCUUAGAUGUUUCAUAGUCGAUUUUAUUUGAAGUCAAAUGUUUUAUGAAUCCUGUAUAGUGAUUUUUUGUAACCUUCUCUAGUAAAAUAUUUUCUAUGAUCUAUA